GAAGCAUGUGGAUAAGAUAGAACAAAGGGUCACGGACCGAAUUCUUACAAACGUAGGGUUCUUUUUUGUAAAAAUGAAUCGUUAUCUCAGAUCCACUUAAACAGGGACUGCGGGUUGAAUUCUCACAAGCAGAGGGGCUUUUCUGGAAAAGUGCCGACGACGGACGGGCAGAAGCACUCCGUGCUUUAUUAACCGCAAUCAGAUCGGCGGGGUGCCGCGGCCGGCGGAGAGGUGAUUGGUGGCGGACUUGUCAUCCUAAUCCCAAACCGAUUGUCCGAAGGCCGUCGACGAUGGCGGCGGUUCGGUACGCCGCAAGGAGGCUCGGUGGCUCCCUGCUCCAGCGAACGCAGGCGGCGGUCCUGGAGGGGCGCCGUCUCGUGCCAAGCAGGUUCAUGCGCUCCCGCCAGUUCACCAAAGUCUCCAGUGAGCAUGCUGGGAAGAUCCCGAAGAAACACGAGCUGUCUGACGUGGAAUAUAAGUUGAAGGUUCAGGCGGAGCUUUCUAAGAAUUUAAAGGAGUUGGAGAAGUUGCAGCAGGAAGAGGCGAAUGCAAGACCAAAUGCCAUUCAGUUGAGGUUGAUGUCUAUUGAACGUGCGAUUGAUGGUGUGAUCGGUGGAGCCGCCAAGUUGGGAUUUUUCGGUAUGCUUAUUGCUGUUACUUUUGGUGACGAGAGGGUAGAAGCCCGGGUUGCUAUCAAGGAAAACCAAAUGGUUAUGAGUUGUGGAAGAAGUUUUGAUCAUACUUGCUCAAAUAUUGUGUGAAUGAAGGUUGUGGGUGUUGGCGCCGACAAGUGUCAAGAAGAAGCGAGGAUGCACCGAUGAGUUUCCGGUGCUAAUGACCUAUGGCCGGCGAGUAUAUAUGUUGCCGGUUGCUCGCAUGUCGGUGCCGGGAAUAAUUCCUGCUAUGAUGUUCCUUAUUGCACACCAUGCCCGCCAUCGAUGAGCACGUCACGCUCACCCAGUGUGUGCUGCCGGGUUGCAGAUCACGUGUGGCAGCCUGAUGGAGAAUGCACACACAUGGAGGUUGGAAGGACCGAAGGAGGAGGGCCGAUCGUGCCUGGCGUGUGGUGGAAAUUAGGGUAUGUCACAGAUCGUGAGGAGGAGGAGACGAAGUGAGAUGUGUCGACAUGGAUGAGUCAUAGCAGUCGCUGAUUUUUUGGUGCGGAUAAGGGAACUGAAGGAGGUAACCAUCACCAUGAGCGAGCUCGGCGAGAAGGCUGGGGUGGAUGCGUCAAGAGGUGAAAUUUACCUACACUGGCCAUGAUAAGUUUAUUGGUACGGAGCAGCAAGCAAGAUUGAACUCAAUGGAUGGAUAAAAUUGUGUGGUUCAUUGACAGGAUUGGAGAACCACUUGUAAAUUUUUACCGCGAGAUUAGGAAAGAAUCGACAAUGUAGAACCUGUGUAAUGAAAGUUUCCUAUCAGACUUCUGACCAAAGUGUUUCCCUAAGUUAUACCGGUUUUCCCUCCAGGUUCCUUUUAGGGUG